AUGCCACCAGAAGUUGCUCAAGCAAUCCAGACGAGCACUCUCCCCCACCCAGAUCCAGUUCUGAAAGAGAAGGAAACUAUGGAUGCCCCGGCUACACAACCCAGACAACUGGAUCAUACGGAGCAAGAAAAGACAGAAAAGGGAUCUGAAGUCGACGACCCCCUCCAGGAAGCCUUGGUUCGCCUGGCCGAGAUAAAUGAGCUGUUCACCACUGAAAAGAUUCACGAAAAUAUAAGCAAUGUCGAAAGAGACGCUGAAAGGUCCAUGUAUAGCAAUCUCUGCAAGACAUUGCUUGACAAAAAUCGUCGGCUGGGACAGCUCAACAUGCGAUCGCAGCAAGCAGCCAUGCACCACAACUUUACAACUCUGAGGAUCGAGGAGCUUGAGAAAGAGGUCAAGGAUUUGAAAAAAAGAGUUUACGAACUGGGAGACGACCAUGAUUUCAAGCACCCGGAGGACAAACUUCCCAUCCAUCUGCACGAGCUGAAGAGAUCCAAUCCUUAUGAGUUUGCACUUAAUAAAGACACCGUCCUUCUUCCGACAGCUCAGCAACCAGCUUUGGAGGUUAGAUUGUCAGAAGCAGUAGUUACUAAACUGACCAAGGAAGAGAAGGCUUUACACAAUAUGGAUCAUGACUCUGACAUCACCCCCGAAGCCCUAAUUGAGUUUAAUCCGGAGAGGCUCAGAAUAAGAUCUCGUCCGCUCAUGUCCCACCUUGAGAAGUUGACAGAGACCCAGGUGCUUUAUCUAGUGCCAGAAGACGAUAUAGAUGGGGACAAAGUCUACAGUAGUAUGGUGUUUCUACGACCGUUCAGAUUCUUCAUCAAACACGAAGCAGCGAUUAGGAAAAGCAUGGCUGAUAUAGAGGCCAAAGUCAAAGAGGAAGAGAAGGAAGACUCCGAGAAAAGUUCGGUGAAGAAGAUGAAUGGGAAAAAAGAGUACAAUCUAAACCAGCAACAGUUCGCCGCCAAAGAUCUACUGGAGGAUCUCAAAUUGCUGGUUACAUUUCUCGACACAGAUCUCCGACCAACCUUUCAUCUUAGGCAACAAAUCAAAGAUGUAACAGCUAUCGAGAUCGAGUACGCUGACCUAAGACAUUUGUUUGAGCGAGGAGAUCUUGUUAUUGCUAAAGAAAAUCCAUCUUAUGCCAGAAUGGUUGUGAAUGUGGCCGGUGGACGAGAACCUCUAGUCCAUAAGCUUCAAAAGGGGGACGAAGAAAACCCAAUUCCAGUCAAUGGCUUUGCUAUUGAUUGCAUUAGCUUGGGAUGUAAUGGAUCGUCCUUUGUCCCGAAUCUGGAACGAUUCUCCAUCAGAAAGUUCCACGGUCGACAGCCCAUCUCGUCAUUGCUCCUUUAUCCCCUCAAGUUUGACCCAGAUGCAGACACUCUUCGGGAUAGGUUCCUAGAAGGCGGCAGGAACUUUUCGCAAGUAGCAAGCAGCCCUUUCUGCCACAAGAGAGCUGUAGGGAAAACGGUUGAUGAACCGUCAAUAAACCUGGACGCCGAAGUCGUUGUCGAUAUGACGCUUGCAAUGAACAUGAGGUCCGAAUGGCGGCUUGAUUCUAGCAUUGCACGGGAUGACUUUACAAGAAAUGAUAGAAGAGAAGUAAUUCAACGAUCUUGGUGUAAGCAUGCCUCUGAGUACCGUUAUACAUGUUGUGGAAGCGAUGUUAUCUUCAACGACUUGGAACUGGACGAUUUCGAUGCCCAAGAAUUCUUGAAGAAGAAGGGCUAUAUCCUACAACCACUUACAAUGGAAGAUCUUACAGAUGAGCAUCUAAUGAUCAUGAGACCAUAUGUUCAUGCGUUUGUUUUGCGCUCCAGGCAAUGGGUUACGAUAAGGUCUGAAGAUCUGCAAGAAGUCAUCUUCCGAAACAGCUUCGAUGAUCUGGUUUUACCGGAUAACCACAAAACAACUGUCCAAGCAUUAGUUACCACCCAUGAGAAGGGGAGGUCGCCACUAUCGUCUAGUCCUGAAAAGCCAAGCAUCGGAUCUGUGCUAGAUCUCGUGCAGGGAAAGGGUAGUGGACUUGUCAUUUUGCUACAUGGACCACCCGGUGUUGGAAAGACGUCGACAGCCGAAUGCGUCGCUGACGAUACAAAACGGCCCCUGUUUCCUAUUACCUGCGGCGACAUUGGCGAAACUGCUGCUGAUGUCGAGCAUAACCUGCAAAGCCACUUUCAAUUGGCUCACAAAUGGGGUUGUGUCCUACUUCUCGAUGAAGCCGACAUAUUCCUCGCCAAACGCACCCGCAGCGACUUGCGCCAUAAUGCUGUCACAAGUGUAUUCCUUCGAAGUUUGGAGUAUUAUGCUGGGAUUCUCUUUUUGACAACAAAUCGCGUCGGUGUUAUCGAUCCAGCAUUCAGGUCCAGGAUUCAAAUGUCUUUGUUUUAUCCCCAGUUGAGCCUCGACGUUACGUGCAAGUUGUACGAGAAGUUUAUUAGAAGAGCCAAGACAGAGCAGAUGAAGCAGGGGUACUAUGCUUUCAAAAUCAAGGAGAAGGAGAUUCUCAAGUUCGGGAAGAAGCAUUUUCGGACUUUGGAGAAAAACAGCUACGAGACAUGGAAUGGACGCCAAAUCCGCAACGCGUUCCAAACAGCCAUCGCCCUAGCCGAGCAUCAAAGCAUGACCCAAUCCCCAGGGGAUGCUCAGCCGACACUAGGCAAAGAACAAUUUGAAGCAGUAGCGCAAGGAUUCAUGCAAUUUGACGAAUAUCUCAGCAAGACACUCGGAGCUACAGAUGCGGAUCUGGCAAAGCGAGAGGGAUUGCGCCAUGACGGGUACAUGAUGGGAGCAGGCACCCCAGCCGUCCCUGUGGUUCCGAUGGCUAUGCCUCAACCAGCUCGUCACGUUCAGAAGCAAGCGGCUGCCAUGAAAUACGAUAGUGAUGAUGAUAGCGACUCUGAGACUGACACUGAUGAGGAAUCUGAUAUAGAUGCCAAAGAGGCUAGGGCGGGGAAGAGUGGAUCUGCAGAAAAAGGGGAUUUUGAAACGGAAAGAGAUGAGUUUUAUGAGUAUAUGAAGUGGAAAAGGAAAAGGUCAGAGCACAAGUAA